AUGCUGCUGGAUAUUCAGCGCAAGUUCUUCUCGCGAUCCGAGCGCGUCAAGUCGGUGGACUUUCAUCCGACGGAGCCGUGGCUGCUUGCGGGUCUGUACAAUGGCACCGUGUUCAUUUGGAACUACGAGACGGGGGCCGUCGUGAAGACGUUCGAGGUCGCGGAUGUGCCGGUGCGCUGUGUGCGCUUUAUUGCGCGCAAGAACUGGUUCCUGGCGGGUAGUGACGACUUCUUCCUGCGCUGCUACAACUACAACACGCACGAGAAGGUUGUUGCGUUUGAGGCGCACCCCGACUAUAUCCGCAGCAUCGCGGUGCAUGCCACAGGCUCGUAUGUGCUGACGGGCAGCGACGACAUGACGGUCAAGCUGUGGGACUGGGAGAAGGGCUGGCGGCUCAUGCAGACGUUCGAGGGCCACACGCACUUUGUGAUGGACGUGUGCUUCAACCCCAAAGACUCGAACUCGUUUGCGUCGGCGUCGCUCGACCGCACCGUCAAGGUCUGGACGCUCGGCGCGGCGGCGGCCAACUUUACGCUCGAGGCGCACGAGAAGGGCGUCAACUCGGUCAACUACUACCACGGCGCGGACAAGCCGUACAUGGUCACGACGAGCGACGACCGCACGGUGCGCGUCUGGGACUACCUGAGCAAGUCGUGCGUGCAGACGCUCUCGGGCCACACGUCGAAUGUGUCGUUCGCCGUGUUCCACCCCUCGCUGCCACUGCUCAUCUCCGGCUCGGAGGACGGCUCGGUGAAGCUGUGGCAUGCCAACACCUACCGCCUCGAGUCCACGCUCGACUAUGGCCUGGAGCGUGUGUGGUGUAUUGCGUACAAGAAGCAUAGCCACGACAUUGCGCUCGGCUACGAUGAGGGCGCAGUCGUCGUCAAGCUCGGCAAGGAGGACCCGUGCGUGAGCAUGGACGUGAGCGGCAAGGUGGUGUAUGCGCGCCAUGCCGAGGUCCUUAGCGCGAACCUCGGCGCGGCCUCGGAGAGCGAGCUGGUGGAUGGCGAGCAGGUGCGCAUAGCGCCGCGCGAGCUCGGCACGACGGAGGUCUUCCCCCAGCUGCUGGAGCACUCGCCGAACGGGCGCUUUGUCACCGUGCUGGGCGACGGUGAGUACACGAUCUACACGGCGCUCGCAUGGCGCAACAAGGCGUUUGGCUCGGCGCUCGGCUUUGCGUGGGCGGCCGACUCGACCACGUACGCAGUGCGCGACAACUCGUCCGCGCGGGUGCGCGUGUUCAAAAACUUCAAGGAGCAGAGCGGGCUUGUGCUGGUCAACUACGCGGUCGAGGGCAUUGCCGGCGGCGCGCUGCUGGCGGUGCUGGGCGUCGGCUUCCUCUGCUUCUACGACUGGGCGACUGGGGCGCUCGUGCGCCGCAUCAACGUCGAGGCGCGCCAAGUGCUCUGGUCGACCACGAACGAGCUGGUGGCUGUGAUCACCGCCGACUCGUUCUACGUGUUGCGCUUCCAGCGCGCGGCGCUCGAUGCGGCGCUCGCGAGCGGCGAGUCGCUCGGCGACGAUGGCAUCGAGGACGCCUUUGAGGUUGUCGCCGAGAUCAGCGAGUCUGUGCGCAACGGUCGGUGGACAGGCGAGUGCUUCCUGUACACGAACUCGGCGAACCGGCUGCAGUACCUGAUUGGCGAGCAGACGUAUACGAUCCGCCCGUGCGACCACCCGCUGUAUGUGCUAGGCUACCUGCCUGCGGUGAGCCGCGUGAUAGCGGCCGACAAGGACAUGCACCUGUACAGCUUCGCGCUCUCGCUGGCGGUGGUCGAGUACCAGGCAGCGGUGCUGCAGGGCGACAUGGCGCGCGCAGACGCGCUGCUGCCGCAGGUCCCCCCGCUGCAGCGCGGACGGGUGGCAAAGUUCCUCGAGGCGCAGGACAUGCCGGAACGCGCGCUGCAGGUCGCCACGGACGCGGACCACCGCUUCGACCUGGCGGUGCGGCUGGGCGAGUUUGAGCUGGCGCUCGAAAUGGCGCAGAGCGGCCCGCCGUCCGGCGCCGAGGCGCGCUGGCGCACGAUUGGCGACCAGGCGCUGGCGCGCUGGAACGUGUCGCUCGCGCAGGCGUGCUAUGAGCGGGCGAACGAUAUGCACUCGCUAUUCCUCCUAGCCACAGCGCAGCAGGACGCAGCGCUGCUGCGGCAGGUCGCAGCGGCAGCGCGCGCCCAGGGCGCGCUGAACCUCGCUGUGGCCGCACUCACGCAGGUGGGCGACGCAGAGGGCGUCGUGGACGUGCUGGGCGCCGCGAAGCGGUUCCCCGAGGCGGCGCUCUUUGCGCGGACGUAUGCGCCGGCGCUGGUGCCGCGCGCCGUCGACGCGUGGAAGCAGUCGCUGGCAGCGCCGCAGAGCGAGAAGCAGCAGCAGAUGGCCGAGCGGAUUGGCCACCCGACCACGAUGCCCGAGCUGUUUCCCGAGAUAGGCCCGUAG